AUGCGUCUCCUCACUUUGUGCAGCUUGCUUCCCAGCAUUCUUGCUCUGCCGUCACAGACCCUCGACUUUUCAAGACAUGCCAUUGCAUCUCGUGCCGAUGCGUCUCUGACGAAUUAUCUCGGUGUCUUCUUCCUCGGCGACAAGCCUUCUGUGUACUUCUAUCUUUCCAACGGCAACAACGCCAACUCCAUGACUGCUUUGAACAGAGGCCAAGCUGUCAUCAACCCGACGAAAGGCACUCUUGGAGUCCGCGACCCAGCCAUUAUAACCGGUGGAGCAGCUGAAGCUGGCAAAAAGUGGUACAUCAUUGGCACCGACUUGAACAUCGGCAAGACAACGUGGGACGCAUCCCAGCGCACGGGAUCUCGCGGCAUCUUUGUCUGGGAGUCCGUCGACCUUGUAACAUGGACCAAUGAACGCCUCGUUACUGUUGAAGACGCAACUGCCGGAAUGGUCUGGGCACCCAGUGCAAUUUUCGACGAAGCCAAAGGCCAAUACUUCGUUCAUUGGGCGAGCAAGUUUUAUCCCACUUCCGAUCCGCAACACACAGGAGCGCCUUCAUCGAUUCGAAUCCGCUACGCAUAUACCAAGGACUUCAAGACCUUUAGCACGCCUCAGGACUACAUCAACCGAUCCCCCAUCAACGUUAUCGACCAAGAAUUCCUUUCUCUCGGUAAUAACGCGUACGCGCGCUUUUUGAAGGACGAGAGUGCGAAGACAGUCUACACGGAGAUCUCGACCAACGGACUAUUUGGCACCUGGUCCAGGCCUGCAGGUGCCAAUGCAAUCAUCGCGUCUGGCGUAGAGGGCCCCGCGCCUUACUGGGACAACCAAGUAGCUGGCAAGGCGCACCUGUUGCUAGACUUCUAUGGAGCCGAUGGAUACAGACCUUACGAGAGUACUAAUGUAAGAGGUGGCCAAUGGACAGCGAGUGAUAGGAGCGCCUGGCCUCAGAAUCUGAGGCACGGGAGUGUAUUGGGCGUUAAUGCAACUCAGGUAGCAGCGUUGAAGAAGAAGUGGGGGGCUUGA